CAACUCAUGUUUAUUCUUGCAUUUAAAAAUUGUUUUUGAAAUUUUUUAAUUAGUUUUAAUAUCCUAUUUCAAAACUAAUUUUAAAAAACAAUAAAAAAAUAUUUUAAUAUGUUAAUGAAAGGUACGUUUACUUGCUCUCGCACUUGUUAUAUUGCUAAUGUCAUCACAUUUUGUUCAAUGGAUUUCAGUGCCCGACACUUCAUGCCAUUUGAGAUUUGACCACUAAAUUGGAAUAAAUUUUGCAUGGUUUUUAUGAUGAUCUGGAGCUAGGAUUUGAUGGGAAUACAAAUGCAGAAUAGGGUUUGAAGCAUCUGUGAUCUGAGAAGAGUUUCAGGGACCAUAGAGAGCCCGUGCUUCUUCAUCUUUUUCAUGCAAAGAAAAUAAAUAAAACAAAUUAAGUUUGUAUGUGGGUGCAUUAGCAGACUAAUUAUUCAACAAUUAAUUGUUGAAUAAUCCUUAAGAAUCUCAAGUGGUGUAACUAGAUUGAAACAUGGACCAAUUAAGAAACCUGAGAUGGAAUUCAAACAGUUGUUCUCUCAUUUCUCCUCCUAUUUUUUUGUAAAAAAAAAACACAGAUCAUCAUGGAAGCCAACAAGAACAAGAAUGUAGUGAACUACACCAUUUUUCUUCCUCAAUGUAAGGAAGGAGGGGACAUUUACUCUAAGAUUAUAAUCCUCACCACAAUCUGUGUCUUGUCAGUCUCUCCUCUAACAUCUGUGACAGAGAGUAAUUAGCCAUGGCAGAUCUUAAGUCAACCUUCUUGAAUGUCUACUCUGUCCUCAAGAAAGAGCUUCUUCAGGAUCCUGCUUUUGAAUGGAGUCCUGAUUCUCGUGAAUGGGUCGAGAGGGUAGUGAUUCCUUUUUUUUAUCUCUUGUUGAAAGCCUCAAUCUUUGUGUUUUUCCGUUCUGGGGUGCAUUUGUUUUUUCUUGAUUUGAUUGGAAAUUAGAAUUCAAUUGUGAAUCUUGAGCCUGAAAAUGCUGUUUUGAUCAUGGCUUGUUGGUUUGUUUGGUAUAUGUGAAGCGGAACCCAGAAUGAUUUUGAUGCACUAAAUGGAAUGAGGUUGUAAGUUGAGCAGGAAAUAUGAGAAUCUCAUUGGUUAGAGGUGACGUUUUGAGAGAAAGUUAUUGAUUUUGUGGAGAAUCUGUGUAAUAAACUUUGCCUUGCAUAUUCAUGAUCUUGAAUUCUUUCCACCACUGCAUGGUUCCUUUGUUCUGUAUCUAUAAUGCCCCAAGUACUGCACUGGGAAAAUCUUGGACAUGAUUAGCAGGCCUAAUGAUCCUCAAAGCAGCCCAAAAGCACUUUUGGAUGAUGGUUUUAUACUGUUAUAGAUUGUAUCGAGGCCAACUUAGCUUUGCUUGUUUGUGAACUUGGGGUGGAGAUUUUGUCUCGGGAGUUUGCUUAAGUACUCGUACGUUUGACCUUACAAUUUAUGCAGGUUAACCUUUUCUUUUUCCUAAUUUUUAUAUUCAUUUUUCUGCUGCAGAUGGUGGACUAUAUUGUGCCUGGAGGGAAGCUGAACCGAGGACUCUCUGUGAUUUCUGCAUACGAAUUCUUUUAUUGCGGUUCUCCCUGACCAUCUCCACCCCCUAAAUGGCAAGCCAAUUUAUAUAGGUCAAUUCAUAUUUUCCACAUUGGAGAUGUAUCAAUCAGAUUUAUUAUCUGGCGUUCGACCAUUGAAUUUACUCAGGUUGCGUGUGCAUUGCUCAUGGCGGGUGAGAAUCUAGACAACCAUGUUGAUGUAAAGAACAUUCUUGUUGAGAUGGGAACCUACUUCCAAGUACAGGAUGAUUGCUUGGAUUGCUUUGGUGAUCCAGAGAUAAUUGGUAAGAUACGAACAGAUAUUGAAGAUUUUAAGUGCUCUUGGUUGGUUGUGAAGGGUAUGGAGAUAUGCAAUGAAGAGCAAAAGAAACUGUUACAUGAAAACUAUGGGAAACCUGACCCAGCAAAUGAAGCACAAGGGAAGGCCCUCUAUAAUGAUCUGAACCUUCAGGGUGUAUUUGCGGAUUACGAGAGCAAAACCUAUGAGAAGCUGAUAACUUCUAUUGAAGAUCAUCCUAGCAAAGCAGUGUUGAAGUCCUUCUUGGCUAAAAUUUACCAGAGGCAGAAAUAGAGAACCAUCAGCAGAAGACUGGAUGAUGCCUAACAAUGCAAGGCUUUUUAUGUUUUUUUUCCCAAAAUUGUAUUUGUAGUUUCCUAAUUGAGGAUGAUUGUUCUUCUUGUAUCCCAUCCCUCAAACCAUCUUGGUAUUGUUGGUGCUUACCUAUCAUUGAAUAAACAAUGGCCAUCAUUAACAAGAAUGAAGCUGUUUGACA